AUGGCAUCAACACCCAACAGAACUAGCAAGAUUCCCCGACGUGGAACUAUGUCUCCACUAGUCAGCCAAGAAAGUAAAAGCCCCCAAGAAAAUGGAAGCUCCCAAGAUACGACUCCACAGCUACCAACCGAUCCUCUGCCUGUUCCUGCUCAGGAUGAAUUUCCUCUUGUUUCUCAGCUGACGCAGGGCAUCGAGGACUGUGAAUGGGAGCAACUGCAAAUCAAAUAUUUCGAUUCAAUGGAAGAACAUGGCCGAGUGGAAGAGACUCUUCGCCUUGAAACAGCAAAACUUCUCGAGGUCUUCAUGGCUUGGUCUGAAACUACUGUGUUGCAAGAUGAGAGCCGAGCAUUGAAAAGAUUCAAGACUCAGAUGCAGCACGUUCAACACUCGGAGGUCAGCAUGGAGAACAAAAGGAAGCAUUAUAUGGAGGUCGUGAAGGCUUUCCAAAGCGCUCUUGCUCUGCUUAACGAGCAGUUGAAGAUAUGA